CAUCUACGGAUCAAAUCCUCUCCUCCUCCUUGCACUCCAUCAGCAUCCGCCAUGGACGCCGCCAUGGCCACCCCAGCCAAACGCCCCGUCUCCCCACUCCUCUCCUCCCGCUUCAAAACCCUCCCCGUCUCCUCUCGCAAGCCACCGCCACCGCCACCUCCUAAGGAGCUCGCUGCGACAACGCUGCAGCAAACCAAACAACUCCACGCUCACAUCAUCCGCACGCAGUAUCAAACUGCUGCUGCUGCUCCCCUUCUCUCACCUCAAGCCCAAAUCAACCACCUCAUCACUUCCUACAUCAAGAACAGCUCGCCCUUCUCCGCGCUGAAGCUCUACGCCCACACGCGAAAGACCGGUGCCCGACUCGAUAACUUCACCGUCCCCUCCGUCCUCAAGGCCUGCGCGCAGCUGUCGAGCAUCCGCCACGGCAUGGAGGUCCAUGGGUUCGUCGUCAAGGCCGGACUGGAUUGGGAUGUCUUCGUGUCCAAUUCCUUAAUGCAGAUGUAUUCCGACUGCGAUGCCUUGGGCUGCGCUGUGAAGCUGUUCGAUGAAAUGCCCGAGAGAGAUGUGGUCUCUUGGAGCACCAUGAUUAGGAAUUAUUCAUGGUGUAAGUUGUUCGGCAAAGCCAUGGAUCUUGUCAGAGACAUGCUUCUGUCGGGUAUUCGACCUAGUGACGUGACCAUUAUCAACAUGCUCAAUCUUUUUGCCGACGCCGGAGACAUCAAAAAGGGCCGACCAGUGCAUACAUAUCUGAUCAAGAACAGUGUUAAGGAAUCCCCAAGUGUCAAUGCUACCACUGCCCUGAUUGAUAUGUAUGUCAAGUGUGGAAGUCUUUCUGUGGCUCGGAGAGUCUUUGACAGGAUGAAUGAAAAGAGCACUGCAUCAUGGGCUGCUAUGGUUGCCGGUUGCGUUCGCUUCAAGGAUUUGAGUGCUGCAAUGGAGCUAUUCGCGAAGAUGCGAGAUAACAAUGUGUUCCCCAAUGAGAUCACAAUGCUGAGCUUAGUGAUUGAGUGUGGAUCAACUGGAAUGUUGCAAUUGGGCAAAUGGCUUCAUAGCUACAUACUUCGGUAUGGCUUCAAGAUAUCUGUGGUUUUGGGCACUGCAUUGGUUGAUAUGUAUUGUAAGUGCCGCGAUUUAAGGAGUGCAAGAGCAUUGUUUGAUUGCAUGGACGAGAAGGAUAUCAUGGUCUGGUCUGCUAUGAUUGCGGGCUACUCACACACCAAUUGCAUCAAUCAAGCCUUUGAUCUCUUCAGCCAGAUGAAAAGUUUGAACCUAAAGCCUAAUGAAAUAACCAUGGUAAACCUCCUUUCUCUAUGUUCUGAGGCUGGAGCUCUCGAUCGAGGAAGAUGGAUUCAUUCGUGUAUUGAUAAGCAAGGAAUAGAAAUGAAUGUGGUGCUCGCCACUUCAUUGGUAGACAUGUUCGCCAAAUGUGGAGAUGUUAAUGCUGCUUAUGCAGUAUUCAAUCAGACAACUGAUAAAGAUGUAUGCAUGUGGAAUGCUAUGAUCAAUGGGCUAGCUAUGAAUGGGUAUGGAAAUGAAACAAUCAGCCUUUUCCUUGAGAUGAAGAAGCAUGAUGUCAAACCGAACGAUGUCACAUUCAUUGGAGUGCUCCGUGCAUGUAGCCAUUCGGGGCUAGUUGAAGAGGGUAAGCAGUUCUUCAAUCGCAUGGAGCAUGCAUAUGGAUUGAUUCCCAAGGUUGAACAUUACGGGUGCAUGGUUGAUCUUCUUGGUAGAGCUGGAAACCUUGAUGAAGCACAUGAAUUGAUAUGUAGAAUGCCUACCGAACCAAAUACGAUCAUAUGGGGAGCACUUCUUGCUGCGUGUAAGGUUCAUAAGAACCCAAAAUUAGGGGAAGUGGCGGCAAAGGAACUUCUUAAGCUGGAACCCCUAAACAGUGGGUACAAUAUACUUCUCUCGAAUAUUUAUGCAAUUGACCGGAGAUGGAACGAUGUCGCACAAGUAAGGAAAAAUAUGAAGGAUACAGGAAUCAAGAAGGUGCCUGGGAUUAGCUCAAUUGAGGUAAAUGGAGUAGUCCAUGAGUUUGUGAUGGAUGAUGCUUCACACCCUCUACAUGAUCAGAUUCAAGCAAUGGUUGCGGAGAUGCUAGAGAAGCUUAAACGGGCAGGGCAUGUUGUUGAUACGUCGGGCGUGUUUCUUAACAUAGAUGAUGAAGAGAAGGAGACCGUGCUUAACUAUCAUAGUGAGAAAUUGGCAAUGGCAUUUGGUCUUAUCAGUACACCUCCGAAUACUCCAUUAAGAAUCGUAAAGAACCUACGGGUUUGUGAUGACUGCCAUGCUGCUAGCAAGCUUCUCUCUCAGAUAUAUGGCAGAGUAAUUGUUGUACGGGAUCGGAACCGUUUCCAUCGGUUCUCUGACGGAUCAUGUUCUUGUAAAGAUUAUUGGUAACUAGAAUAUUCUUUUGUGAAAGUUCAUGUGUCAAGAUGCAAAUUGUUAUACACUUGGUUAAUUUUGUUAAAUAGGUUAACCCUAAA